AUGGAUGUCUGUUUUAGGAAAUGCUCGUAGCAUAGUCAAUUAGUGGACGUGUGGAUGUGCCCCAAUAUUUUUUCCCCUGCCUAAAUCAGUAGAUUACUAAGAAGUACAAUACUCCACUAUUUAGUGAUUUAAGUUUAGUAGUAUUAUCCAUUGGAUAGUGUUAUAGAGUGUAUUUAAUGGAAAUCAAAUUAAUUCACUAUGAGUAGUUAUAUACUGGAAACUCCUACUUGGCAGGAAGAUUCAGAAGUUACUUGUUGCUUCUUAUGUCAUUCAGCUUAUACGUUUUUUAAUAGAAGGCAUCAUUGUAGAAAAUGUGGAAGAGUUGUAUGUGGGAAUUGUUCAGAAAAGUCAAUUAAAUAUUUCCCUAAUACAUUAGUAAUUCAUCCAAAUGGGGUUAGAACUCUUCAUAAUCCUUAUGAGACUUAUAAGACAUGUGAUGAAUGUGUGGAUGAGAUCAAAAUGAUAAGACGAGCAUUAUUCGAAGUGAAUCCUUCAUCUUCAUCAUCUCAAGGUGAUGAUGAUCCAGUAGAUUAUACUGGUUCUAGAGGUAGUAGUAUAAGUAGUAGUGUGGCAUCUUCUUUUACGAAUGGUAAUAAUAAUAACCAUAAUAAUAAUAAUAACCAUAAUAGUGCUCAUCAUAAUAAUGUUCUCAGUCAUUUUAAUGUGGGGAGUGAACUUCUUAGUGGACAUAAUCGUCAUGAUCAUGAUAAUGAUAAUGAUAGUACUACCAAAUAUAGUGCUAGAACUCAUACAAGACUUAUAAGAUCAUCUACUCAUUCAUCUAUAAAUCAUAGUCGUCAUAGUCAUCAUCGUAGAGAUGAUACUAGUGAUAUGAAUUUGUGCCCUGUCUGCGCCACAGAUUUAUUAAAGUCAUAUAUAAGUCAACAUAAGAAACAUAUUGAAGAAAUUACUAAUGAAGAUUUUGAAAAAUUUAAAGAAGGUCAUAUUAAUGACUGUCUAACUGAUUUUGAUUUUAAUGCAGAAAAUCAACGAUUUAAUUCUCCUGAUAGACCUCAUCCUCGGAAUAAAAUGCUUGUUUAUAAUAUACCACCAAUUCCUAAACCAAAAUUUGAGAGUAUACCUAAUUUACAAGCUGCAUCAUCAGUUGAUACAAUAAGACAAUCAGAAGGUAGAAGUGAUAAUGAAUCUAUAACAUUAUCUCAAUCUUCAAUUACAAAUGUUCUUGAUGUAGUUGUUGGAUCUGUAACUUCAAAUGCUACUAUUGAACCAUCAGCAGAAAAGGAUAAAGAAUAUCUUGAUGAUGGAUUAGAUAAUGAAUGUGUGAUUUGUUUAGAAGAACUUAAACCUGGUGAUAAAGUGGGAAGAUUAGAAUGUCUUUGUGUAUUCCAUUAUAGUUGUAUUAAGGACUGGUUUAAUAAAAAAGGUUAUGGAGAAUGUCCUGUUCAUUUCUUGCAUAAAUAGAUUUUUAUUUGGCAUUAUUCUUCUUUAAUAUUGGUUGGUCAAUUUCUUAAUAUCAUUGAUAUGUUUUUAUUUCUAAGGUGGAACUAUUGGAUAAUGUUCUGGUUAAUUUGAUUAUUUAUUUCAUGUUAUUUUAUUUUAUAUUAUAGUAUAUUAUUUUAUUUUAUUUUCUGUGUUGGUUUAUUAUUUGUUACUUUUGGUUAU